CUAGCUAUCUCUCCUUGCAAGGCCUCCACACCACACAUUGCACCUGCUUUCCCCCUUACAGCUUUAGCAGCAACUCGCCACAUAGUUUAAUCAGCAUCACUGUAUCGAUUCGUUGCAGCAUAGAAUGCAUGUAGGAUGUUUAAUUACAUCCAUGCUGCAACAAAGCCUUUCUUUCUCCCCUUAUAAAUAUCAUCCAUAUCGGAUGCUUGUUUCCAAGCAAAGCAGCACGGAUCGAACGCCACUUCAGGGAGCCAAGCGCCCAAGCCACUUGAGAUCUAGCUGAGAGCUAGACGACGCGCGGUCGUCUUGAGCGAGCUGAGAAGUGUGAACCAGAGAGAGAGAGAGAGCGGUCGUCUUCAGCGAGCUGAGAAGUGUGAACCAGAGAGAGAGAGAGAGCGAGAGAGAGAGAGAGAUGUCGUGGAGCACAACGGAGAACGAGCGGUUCGAGCGCGCGCUGGCCGCGUACGACCGCGACACCCCCGGGCGGUGGGAGCGCGUGGCCGCCGCGGUGGGCGGUGGCAAGACGGCCGACGACGUGAGGCGCCACUACGAGCUCCUCGUGGAGGACCUCGGCGACAUCGAGUCCGGCCGCUACGGCUACCCCAACGGCUCCACCAACGGAAACGGCGACAGGAACAGCAGAGGCAGAGCCAACCGGGCCCAGACAUGAUGGAAACGUACCGCGCGCGGGAGCACGUACGACGACGUGCAAGCCGCCCGCAGCUCAUUCAAUUCGUCAUGUCAUGUGAGAUAUGUAUGUUCACGUAUAGGCAUGCAAGUGUGUAUGUACAAGUAUGUCUGUCUGUGCCUGCGUUGCUGAGUGUGUCGUGUGAAUGCGAGCAUACGCAUAUGCUCUUCUGCUAUGUACUGUAGCGCAUGUAAAGCAUGCUCCCUAUUUCGCUUUGUUGCUCCUGAUUGAUUAAGUGGCUAAUUAACCAUUGUUGCUCUGAUAUGUUGUUGCUGAACUUUGGGCUGUGUGCAUAUUAAGCAGAGAUGAAUUUU